AUGUCCAUGUAUACAACAUUAUUGGCUUCUUUGAAGAAUACUGCGUUUGCUGAUGUCUUGGAAUUUUUGCAAAUAUACAACUUUCCUGAAAUUGUUCCAGACAAUCUAUUUCCCCCACAAUAUUCGAGUGUUUCCGAUAAAUCCAAAUACAUAAUCGAAUGCACAGAAUUUACACACUAUAAGGAAGCAAAUGAAUCUGUACAGUCUAACGAUCAACUAUCAGAUUGUAUAGAAUUAGAUUCUGUCCAAUGUAGUGAAAUAAAACUUUCUAAAGACCCAUUUCUUAUAACAUGGAAUGGUAAAAACGAUCCAGAAAUACCAUAUAAUUGGAGCAAUUUUAAAAAAUGUUUAACGGUGGGUCAAUUGCUUUUUGCUUCUUGGAUUAGUUACACUACAUCAUCUAUUUAUGUUCCGGGUCAGGACGAUAUUGAAAAGGAUUUCAACUGCUCGCAUGUGGUGGGAACUUUAAAUUUAUCGAUGUUUGUUUUAGGUUAUGGUAUUGCUCCAAUGAUAUUAUCUCCUUUAUCAGAAGUGGCAUUUGUUGGACGUCAACCAAUAUUCGUUUGGACUUUUUUCAUUUUUACAUUCAUUCAACUGGGUUGUGCGACUGUUAAUAAUAUCGUAGGGCUAAUUAUUCUAAGAUUCUUUUCUGGUGUAUUCUGUUCCCCCUUAUUAACUCAUGCGGGUGCUAGUAUUUUUGAUUGUAUCACUGAAAAGUAUUCAAUGAUUAUGCUAGCCUCAUGGUCAUUUUGCACAGUUUUAGCUCCAGUUACAGCUCCAUUAUUAGGUGCGUGUAUGACAGUAGCAAAAAAUUGGAGGUGGAUAUUUUGGUUUUUAUUUUUUAUAUCUGGAUUUGCAACUUUUCUUCUUCUUUUUACUCUGCCUGAGACAUCACAUACAGCAAUUUUAUCGAGACGUGCUAGAAGAAUAAGAAAACAGACGUGUGAUUCAAGAUAUUAUACCAUUCAAGAAAAAAUUGACUCCAAAAUGAAAAUUAGUGAAUUUUUAAUCGAUACUUUAUAUAGACCGAUCUGUAUGAUCGUUCAAGAUCCUAUUGUACUGGCAUUCGACCUUUAUUUAUCCGUUGUCUAUGGGGUGUUCAACCUUUUUUUCGAAGCAUUCCCUAUUGUGUUUAUUGAUGUUUAUCAUUUUUCAUUGAUUGAAUUGGGUUUAUCUUACAUGGGAUAUUCUGUUGGCGCGGCAACAGCUUUCAUCACUGUAGUAACAUUCACUUAUAAAGUAGUUAAUCCUAGUAGAAAAAAUGGGACGUUUACUCCAGAAAUUUAUUUAUUACCUCCAAUGUACUUUAGUUGGUUUUUACCAUUAGCUCUGUUUUUAUUCGGUUGGGGUUCUGCUGCACAUUGGAUAAUUCCAAUUAUAUCUGAAGCGUUCUUCCUUACUGCUACAGAAAGUCUAUUUCAAGCAACAUUUUCAUAUUUUGCAGAGAGUUACCCAAAUCAUAUUGCAUCAUCAUAUGCCGGUAAUGGGUUAAUGAGAUGUUUUUUUGCAUUUGCAUUUCCACUGUUUGGUAAAGCCAUGUAUAACAAAUUAGCUAUUAAAGGAUAUCCUGUUGCUUGGGGAUCUUCGUUGCUUGGAUUCAUUACUAUUGCAUUAGCUGUUAUUCCUUUUGCCUUGUACAAAUAUGGUCCAGCAUUAAGAGCCAGAUCUAAAUUUGCAGAUUAA